GGUUGAUAUACUGCUAAGAGAGGACAUGUCUCGCUCCUUGUUCCAUCCUAGCCGUUGGUUCGGACGGAGGAAAUGGCUCCGUGACCGGCUUCAGCUCUUCCACGGCGGCGAUGGCGCCGGCGGGGGCGGGGGCGUUCGAGGAGAUGCUUCGGGUGGUGGAGGCGUGCGCGGUGCGCAUCAGGUGGCGCCUCCGCCCCGGCUCCAAGCGCCGCCUCCUCAACGAUAUCCUCUUUCUCUGCACUGGGUUGCGGCCUGUGGUACUGGUGGACUAUGGUGGCACAAUGCCUCAGCUACAAGAGAAUCUUUGCAGCCUUCUGCAUCAUGCCCGGCAGGACUUGCUGAACAUGCAUCGCCAGUAGAAAGGUCACAGCACCAGCUAGCUUUCGUGGACCUAGAGAAAAGCUGUUGCAAACUGCUUACAAACAUAGAAGCCAAUGACACUGUGCUGGAGCUUGUAUCUAUCCAGGAUCGAUUUUCAGCCAAAUACCCUGUUGAAGCAGCUGUAGAUGUGCCUGUCAUUCGACCUGGAAUAGCAAAGCAAAUGUCAGGACUUCCAGAGAGAAUUAUUGAUGCAGAGUGCACUGACAAUCACGUUGAUGACAGGACCUUACUGGUGGUUGAUCUGAGUUCCUUCCUUGAGACCGCCCAAAUUGCUUUGCCCUCUCUGAAUGGGUGGCUUUUAAAUUAUCCAGUAACAUAUUUAUUCCGCAAUGGAAGUGCUGAGGCAGCUAUACAGAAUCUCUCCAAGCACUCUCUGCAUAUCUACCGAGUAUAUGUGUGUGGAAAUUGUCAGUCAGGUGCCAAAGAAUCAGAAGAGGAGCUGAUGAGUUUUUCAGUUCCUUGUGGCCUGAGCAUGAAGCGUCAUGAAGAGCCAUGGGCCAAAUCAUUUAUAGCUCGCAUGAAUGAGAAGCUCAGGCGAUGCAGCCAAGUCUGGACAUCCGUGAGAUUAGAAGUUGAGUUUUUCCAUAGCCAAUCGCAGGUCAUUGUGUUAUAGUUGGUCAGGGUGCACUUUUACGGAAGGAAAUCUUCUACAACGGAUCAGCCACGUAUCAGAAGCACUGACACCCUGGUCCUUUUUUUUUGCGAGGGACCCUGGUCCCUGAACCAUGAGCCCAAGGGCCCGUGCAAGUUUGUAGAAUUGUAGGCCUUGAUCGGUCGCUGACUUGCUGCAGCUCAAGGUUUUCUGUAUUCACAUCCAUUAGAGUUUCUCUGUACCAUGAACAAUUGAGCUUGUUUUUCAAACAUCCAUGAGUGGUAUAUUAUGCUCGAGUUUAGGGGUGUAAAA